AAAUACGCGUGCCUUGUCAUGUAAACAUGUCAUAAUCUCACAAGUAGCUGCUCUGCUGUACAUAAGGAGACUAUAUCGAAGGUGCAAGAAAGUUUCUACAUUGUCAGGACUUUCGUGGUCUGAAGGAAACAGCUGCUUCGUGUUAAGUAUUUUUGGAGUGUGUUUGGUGUUCACUAAUAGACUAUUGACAAUGAAGACUACUGUAGUGCCUCUUUUAGUACUUCUCUCAGCACAUCUUGGUUCCACUCAACAAUACCACACCUGGCGAACCUCAUGGAGUACUGGAUCCCAAGCUGACCCUAAUUUUGCUUCUAUGUGGCGGAAAGUCAUGCAAAACAUAGGAGGCCAACAGAAUUUAGAGCUUAUAUUUGGAGGCAAAUCUACAUCCCGGAGGCCUACAGCAGCCCUCCCUAACCAAACGCCUGGUGUUCCCCCCAAGAGAUCAUCACCUCCACCCCCACCCCCACCCCCAGCCACCAAAGUGCAAUACAAUCCCGAACAAAACCAACCUCAAGAACCCCCAGCUGAUAUAAAACCAAUGUCACUCGGAUGUACAAAAGAAUACAAAGCUAUAGCGAGACACACACUUUGCAUGACAGAUAAGCCCAAUGUCAGUAAGCAGGGCGUCACGGAAGCCCAGAAGAAGGCUAUUCUUGACCAGCACAACCGACUGCGAGCUGGCGUCCAGCCACCUGCCACAGACUUGGUAGAAUUGCAAUGGGACGAGCGAUUGGCUGCCGUUGCCCAAAAGUGGGCCAAUCAGUGUGAAGCUGGCCAUGACAAACAUAGGAACAUUCUAUCUAUCGGGAUGUCGAUUGGACAAAAUGUUGCCGGGGGAUACCGCACGUGGGAACAGGCUGUACAGAUGUGGUGGGACGAGAUCGACAUGUGGACUUACGGCGUUGAUCCAGACUCAUACCUGGGUCCCGGGGGCUGGAGAAAAAUUGGACACUUUACGCAGAUGGCACAGAACGGUACUUACAUGGUGGGUUGUGGCUUCGCUGUGUGCGACAGAAGUACCUUCACGCGCUAUUACGUCUGCGACUACGCGGCAGGGCAAUCCAAUUUGGCUGCACCUUACACCUCUGGCAAGCGAUGUAGCAGAUGUCCAAAAUUUUGCAGAAACGGACAGUGCGACUGCGGAGGUAAAGUGUGUUACAAUGGUGGAACGCUGAAUAUUGAAACCUGUCAAUGUGAAUGUCAGAAAGUUUACAAAGGACCAACGUGUGAGGAAUUGGAUUGCCCAGCCAAAGACAAAUGGGUGUGUGGCCGUGAUUGGACACCUGCCUACUGUGAAAAAUUCGUCAACGUACCAUUUGACUGCCCUUACAUGUGUGGAAAGUGCAAGAGUCCAACUGGAGAAAGUACGUCUGUCAUCGAGAAACAAACUUCCUUCACUUCAAAAUAUGGAUGCACAUACUCCGGAAAACGUUCCAGUCCAGCUGAGUGCCGAUCCUAUGGUUCCAAAGGAAUGGACAUCGAUCAGUGCAGUAGUAAUGGCGGCUCCAUUUCCUGUGCCGAUUGUAAAAGAUUCUUCAACGUCAAGAAGGACAUGUGCCCCGUCAUGUGCGGACUCUGUGACCCUCCCUGCAAUGGAAAGAAAUGUGCAAAUGGAGGCAAGUUAGAUAUAGACAAAUGCACGUGUACAUGUAAACGACCAUACGUCGGGGAUAGAUGUGAAAGAGCUGAUUGCAGUAAACCAGACAAAGACCAUUGCGCAAACUGGCCAGGCAAUUACUGUUCAGAGUAUGGAAACGUUCCGGAAGACUGUCCCAAGAAGUGUGGUUUAUGUUAAGCCAGAUAUACUUUAAUUCUUGCAGAGAAAUCCAUAAAGACUUGUUGACCAAUAGGAGGUUAUGUGACGAUCACGUGAUGGGAAGUAAUGCAUUAGCGGGCAGUCCGUGCUCAGUGGACACUUUCUGUGUGCUUUAAUUGUUGUGUUCUGCUAAAUCAAAUCGUUAAAAGUGCUUUCUAUAUAAUAAUCAAAUGUAGAUUAGUGACUAUACAUAAAAGUUUAAUUUAAUGAAAUGUGUUACUCGCAUAACUUAAGUUCAUUUUGUUAUCUUUAAUAAAUACUUGAAAAACUU